UGCGUGCACUGUCAAACCAUGGCUCCCGAAAUUAAAUACACCAAGUUGUUCAUCAACAACGAGUGGGUGGAUGCCAAAAGCGGCAAAACCUUCGACACAUAUUCUCCUCAUGAUGGCUCCGUCAUCGCAAAGGUUGCAGAAGGAGAUAAGGCUGAUGUAGAUUUGGCAGUGAGUGCAGCAAAGGCAGCGUUCCAUCGUAACUCAGAAUGGCGAUUGUUAGACGCCUCGGCUCGUGGCCGACUGCUCAACAAGUUCGCAGAUCUCGUACUACGCGACUCCAAGUACCUCGCCGAGCUCGAGUCCUAUAAUAAUGGCAUGCUCGUCAACAUGGCCCUUUUCUUGUCGGAAAGAAACGCGCUGUCCAUUCGUUAUCUUGCCAGCUUAGCUGAUAAAAUUCAAGGCGACACUAUUCCUCUUGAUGGCGACAAUUUCACGUUCACUUUGAAACAACCUGUCGGCGUAUGUGGAUUGAUUCUGCCAUGGAAUUUCCCCAUAACGAUGUUCAUCAGCAAAGUCGUAACAGCGUUAUCUGCAGGAUGUACGGUGGUAAUAAAGCCCGCAGAGCAGACCCCGUUGACAGCUCUUGCUCUGGUGGCUCUGCUGAAAGAGGCUGGCGUGCCCGCGGGCGUGGUCAACGUGGUCACCGGCUACGGCCCCGGCGCGGGAACUGCGCUCACACACCACCCUGACGUUGCGAAAAUUUCUUUCACAGGCUCUGUUGAGGUUGGAAAGCUAAUUCAGCAAGCUGCUGGUAAAGUUAACUUGAAGCGGGUUACCCUUGAACUUGGAGGCAAGAGCCCCCUCAUAAUCAUGAAUGAUGCUGAUCUGAAUGUAGCGGUACCAACUGCGGCGUACGGAGUGUUCACUCAUCAAGGCCAAGUUUGUGUGGCCGCGUCACGCCUGUUCGUCCAAUCUGGUAUCUAUGACAAGUUCGUCGAAAAGGCAGUGGAGUUUGCCAAAAACCGGAAGGUUGGAAACCCGGCCGAUACUGCCGUAGAUCAAGGGCCACAGGUUGACGGUGAGAUGAUGGACAAAGUGCUCGGCUAUAUUGAAAAGGGUAAAAAAGAGGGCGCGAAACUGUUGACAGGCGGGAAACGUAUCGGCACAUCUGGCUUUUAUGUCGAGCCCACCGUCUUCGCUGACGUCAAAGAUGACAUGACAAUUGCUAAAGAAGAGAUAUUCGGCCCCGUUCAGAGCAUCCUGAAGUUCGACACGCUGGAGGAGGUGAUCGACCGCGCCAAUAACACCAGCUACGGUCUCGCUGCAGGCAUCUUCACGACCAACCUCAAUAACGCGUUGCAGUACGCGAAGCACGUGGAAGCUGGCAAUGUCUGGGUGAAUGGCUACAUGAUGGCGGGUCCACAAUCGCCGUUUGGCGGUUACAAGGACUCAGGCUACGGUCGUGAGGCUGGAUUAAAUUGCGUCGACCCUUAUUUGGAAGUUAAAUCCGUUGCCAUCAGCUUACCAAAGAAGUUUUAACUACGCAGAGAAGCGGAGUCAGC